UACCGACAGUACUUGUAGUGUUCGCUCUUCUCCACUACUUCAUUUCAAUAUCACAUUCGAGUUUCUUCUUCUUCUCAUCUCUCCGAAAAAAUGGCGAGCAACAUGGAAGUUUUCUGCGAGAUCUUAAUAGCGGUCCUUCUUCCACCUCUUGGUGUUUGCCUCAAGCGUGGCUGUUGCACUUUGGAGUUCUUGAUUUGCUUGGUGCUGACUAUCUUAGGAUACAUCCCAGGGAUCAUUUAUGCAAUUUACGUAAUCGUGUUUCAAAACCGUGAAGGCAAUCAUGAACUCGGAGCUCCACUCAACUCACCUUGAUCUCUUUUGGUUCAUUACUUGUAUCAAUAUGUUGUUGUAACUUUUUACUUAUCAUGUACCCCAAUAAGUUGCUUUGCAAUUUUCUGUAUGGAAGACUUUGAGAAUAUUAUGUUUUGUUGACACAUUUGGCUAUCUAUUCUCUGAUAACCAGGUUACUAACUCUGCUCGUGAGCUAAGUGCUAAUGUAUCAGAUUCUUUGCCAA